AUGAAAUUCCUAACUUCAUCGGAAGUUCGUUCAACUUUUAUCAAUUUCUUCCGUGAAAAGUAUGAACAUACUUAUGUUCAUUCAUCAUCUGUUAUUCCACACGAUGAUCCAACUUUGCUUUUCGCAAAUGCUGGAAUGAAUCAAGUAAGUUUAAUUUGAAGAAUUUUUUGAACUUGAUUUUCUUUUUUUCUAGUUCAAACCACUUUUUCUCGGAAUUGCUGAUCCAAAUAGUGAUUUGGCUAAAUUGAAGAGAGCUGUGAAUACUCAAAAAUGUAUUAGAGCUGGAGGAAAACACAAUGAUUUGGACGAUGUUGGAAAAGUGAGUUUGCUUUUCUAUAUUUCCUUCGUAAUAUAAUUGUUUAGGACGUGUACCAUCACACGUAUUUCGAAAUGUUGGGUAACUGGUCAUUUGGAGAUUAUUUCAAAAAAGAAAUCAUCACUUGGGCUUGGGAAUUAUUAACAAAAGUCUACGGAAUCCCAGCUGAUCGAUUGUAUGUAUCAGUUUUCGGAGGAGAUGAAGCUAAUGGUGUUCCAGCUGAUUCAGAAGCUAGAGAUAUUUGGCGAUCUGUUGGGUUAGUAUUUUAAUAUAAAUAGUUUAAUUUUUAAAUGUGUAUUGUUUUCAGUGUCCCAGAUGAAAGAAUUCUCAAUUUUGGAAUGAAAGAUAAUUUUUGGGAAAUGGGAGAUGUUGGACCAUGUGGACCAUGCUCUGAAAUUCAUUAUGAUCGAAUCGGUGGACGUGAUGCUUCUCAUCUUGUAAAUGCUGACGAUCCAAUGGUUGUCGAAAUCUGGAAUUUGGUAUUCAUCCAAUUCAACAGAGAAGAAGGAGGUGCAUUGCGUUCUCUUCCAGCUAAACAUAUUGAUUGUGGACUCGGUCUUGAAAGACUUAUUGCUGUUAUGCAAGACAAAUCGAGUAAUUAUGAUACCGACAUUUUCACUCCAAUUUUUGAUGCAAUUCAUCAAGGAAGUGGAAUUCGCGCCUAUACUGGUAAUGUUGGUUCAGAUGAUACUGACGGAGUUGAUAUGGCAUAUCGUGUUGUUGCUGAUCAUGUUAGAACAUUAACAAUUGCACUUUCCGAUGGUGGAAGACCUGAUAAUUCUGGUCGUGGAUAUGUUCUUCGUCGUAUUUUGAGAAGAGGAGUUCGAUAUGCUACUGAAAAAUUGAAUUCUCAACCAGGUUUCUUUGCUAGCUUGGUUCCAGUUGUUAUUAGUAUUUUGGUUAGUUUUAUUUGUUUUUCUUAAUUCAAAUUGGAAGCAAUAAUUUUAAUUUUAGGGAGCCACUUUCCCAGAACUCAACCGUGAUCCUGAAACUGUUAUGGAUAUUAUUAAUGACGAAGAGAAACAAUUCUUGAAAACUCUUUCUCGCGGAAGAAUCUUAUUCCAACGUGCAAUUGCAGCUCUUCCACAAGGAACCACAACAUUCCCGGGAGAUAUUGCGUGGCGACUUUAUGAUACUUAUGGUUUCCCAGCUGAUUUGACUCAAUUAAUGGCUGAAGAAAAAGGAUUGACCGUAGAUAGUACCGCAUUUGAAGAUGCUCGCAAAAAAGCCAUCGAAACAUCAUCUGCAGGAACUGGAAAAUUCAGAGAUACUCUUGAUUUAGAUGUUCAUGCUUUGGCUGAAUUGCAACAGAAAAAUGUUCCAACUACCGAUGAUUCUCCAAAAUAUGCCUACAAAUUCAGCGGAGAUGGUGCAAAUGCAGUUUACAGUAAGAAAAUCAUUUUUAAAAAUUUCUAAAUUUUUGUUUCUUUUCAGCUUUCGAACCAUGUGUUGGAAAAAUUUUGGCGAUUCGCCGUGAUGGUAAAUUUGUAAAUGAAUUAUCAGCUGGUGAAGAAGGCGCUAUUCUUCUCGAUAAGACCAAUUUCUAUGCUGAACAAGGAGGACAAAUUUAUGAUGUUGGAGUUUUGAGUAAAGUAAAUGAGGAAAGUUCCGAAUUCAAUGUGUCAAAUUGUCAAGUUCGUGGUGGAUAUAUUGUACUUGUUGGAUCUGCUGAAGGUCAUUUUACUGUUGGAGAUGAAGUUAAUCAACGAUUUGAUGAAGACAGAAAACAACUUAUCAUGAAAAAUCACACCGGAACUCAUGUUUUAAAUUAUGCAUUGAGAAAAGUAUUGAAUGAUUCGGAUCAAAAAGGAUCACUGGUAACAUCAGAUAAAUUACGAUUUGAUUUUACCAAUAAACAAGCAAUGACUGUGAAACAAGUGAAAGAAGCUGAAGAACAUGCUCAAGCAUUAGUUAAUACAAGAGGAAAUGUUUAUGCAAAGAAUUCACCACUUGCUGAUGCAAAGAAAAUCAAAGGAUUGAGAGCAAUGUUUGAUGAGGUAAGACUGAAAGUUUAUUGAAAGAGGAAAAUAAUAAUAAUUUUGUAGACUUAUCCUGAUCCGGUUAGAGUUGUUGCUGUUGGAACACCAGUUGAAGAACUCUUGAAAAAUCCAGAUGCUGAUGCUGGAGAAAAUACAACUGUUGAAUUCUGUGGUGGAACGUUAGUUUUUUUUUUCAUUUGAUUGAGAAUUAAUAUCAAUUUUUCGCAUUCCAGUCACUUGCAAAAUGUUUCACACAUCGGAAAAAUUGUGAUUGCAUCGGAAGAAGCAAUUGCAAAAGGAAUUCGAAGAAUUGUUGCUUUAACUGGUCCAGAAGCUGAAAGAGCAAUUGCUCGAGCUGAUCGACUUGAAACAAGAUUAACAGAAGAAUCGAAAUCUGUUCAAAACAAGGAUAUUGUUUCGAAUAAAGAAUUAUUCAAAGGAUUACAAAAGAAAAUUCAAGAAAUUGUUGACGAAGCAAAUGGAGCACUUUUGCCAUAUUGGAGAAAAGAUUCAAUUCGAGAAAUCGCCAAAGGAUUGCAAAAAACAUUGGAUGGUUAUUUGAAAGUUCAACAAGCUGCUGUUGCUGACAAAGUUCUUGCUGAAGCUAAAGAAUUGGCUGCAGUUGCUGAACAACCAAAUGUUUUAGUUCAUGUAUUUGCUGCAAAUGCAAACAGUAAAGCAAUUGAUAAUGCUUUGAAGUUGCUUAAAGAUACUAAAGCUGUUAUGGCAUUUUCGGUUAACGAAGACACUGGAAAAGUUUUAUGUUUGGCAAAAGUUGAUAAGGUAAAUAAAUAUAUUUUUUAUAUAAAUUUCUAUAAAAAUCAUCAUAAUUUCAGAGUUUGGUAUCUGGUGGAUUAAAAGCCAAUGAAUGGGUCAAUGAAGUUUGUACUGUUUUGGGAGGAAAAGGAGGUGGCAAAGAUGCUAAUGCUCAGGUAAUUCAUAUUUCUAGUUUUCUCAAAAUAGUUUUUGUUUCAGGCAACUGGAGAUCGAUUGGAUCAACUUGAUGCAGCCGUGGAAUUGGCUCGUAAAUUCGCUGAAGUCGCAAUCAACUAA